AUUGCAUCACUGAUAGGUUUUGAAGUUAGGUAUAGCCUACCAUAUACCAUGGAUGAGGCAACUGAUUUAAAGUUAGAGUCAAUGGCUGUUGAUGCAAAUGAUGAGUCAGCUGCUCCUGUUGAAGAAAAUAUGGAUGAGACCCUUACUUCAGAGGGCAAGAGCAGCAAUGGAGUCAAGGAAAAUGGCUCAAACAUUUCUGAAGGCCAGGACAAUGAGGAUGAACCCUCAGAAGCAGUUAAGGUUGAGGAACCAAAAGACAAGACAGAUGGCAUCAUAACUGACUCUGCUGAGACAGAACAACAGGACAAAACUGCUGAAGAGCGAAAGGAUGAUUUCUCCUCUGAGAAUUUCAAAAUUGAAGUCCAUGGCCUGCCCAGGUUCUAUGGUAUGGGGCAACUGAAAAGGCUUUUCAAUGAGACACUUCAACUGCGUGUGCACAAGCUCCAGCCAGCUGGGUCAGAGAAGAACUUCCUGUUCUUGGCAUUCAAGAAUGAUGCUGAUCGGCAACGUGCCAUUGCUGUGCUCAAUGGCUAUGAGUGGAAGAAGUGUGUCAUGUCUGCCAAGGAGACGUCAGCCUGCCCUGACCCACUGCAGAAGAAACGCAAGAAUAAGGAUGAUGUAUUUUCCAUGGAAGCAAAGAAGACCCGGGCUGAUGGGACUGAGAAGCCCCUCACAGUGGUGGAGCGGGUCAGGGAUGCCACCACCCAGUACCAUGAUCUCUCCUAUGAAGAGCAGUUGGACAAGAAGGAAGAAGAAGCCCACACCCUGAUGAAGUCCUUGGCAAAGCAAUUGAAGAAUUCUAAUCCUUCACUUCAUUCCUGGUAUCUGAAAUUCCGGCAACAGCAAAAAUACCCUGUGGAAGUAAAAAACAUUCGGGCAUCACCUGUCACAGAAGGAUAUCGGAACAAAUGUGAAUUCACUGUUGGGAUAAAUCCAGAGACAAAGGAGCGAACUGUGGGGUUCCGUUUGGCAUCCUACAAGGAAGGUGAAACAGGAGUUGGCCCCAUAGACCAUCUUGUUCAUUUGCCUGACAAGAUGAAGAAGGUAGUUCAGAUGUUUCAAGACUUUGUUAGGGGAAGUGCUCUGGAGCCAUAUGACCCAUCGACACACUCGGGAACAUGGAGGCAGCUCACAGUGCGUACAACAGAAGGCCAGGACCUCAUGGCUGUCAUUGUUAUUCACCCACAGAAGAUGACAGCUGAUGAACUUCAGUCCCUCAAGGAUAACAUCAAGGAUUUCUUUACCAAUGGAGAUGGGAAAGAUCUUGGCAUCACCUCCCUCUACUUUCAAGCUUUUGGCCAAUUGGAAUCUGGUGUGAGUCCCAAUUUUGAACUAUUGAAUGGAGAAUCUCACAUCACAGAGACCCUAGGAGAACUCAAGAUCCGCAUCUCCCCACAUGACUUCUUUCAGGUGAAUACAAAAGCAGCUGAAAUUCUUUAUUCAGCUAUAGCAGAUCUAGCUGAGGCUGACACAGAGACCACUCUUCUGGAUAUCUGCUGUGGGACUGGAAGCAUAGGUCUCUUCGUGUCACAGUAUUGUGGUCAGGUGUUGGGUGUGGAGAUGGUGGAGAGGGCUGUUGAAGAUGCAACAAUGAAUGCAUGCCAAAAUAACAUCACCAAUGCCAAUUUCUAUGCUGGGAAAGCAGAGCUUCUCCUUUCAAACCUUGUUGCUAAGGCCCUGUUCAAAGAAAAGAUUGUUGCUGUUCUUGACCCACCUCGUGGAGGCCUCCAGACCAAGACGAUGGGGGUGUUGCGGAAGACAGAUGGGAUUAAGCGCCUCAUCUAUGUGUCUUGUGAUGGUAAAGCAGCAAUGAGGAACUUUUUGGACCUUGGUCGUCCAUUCUCCAACACCCUCCAGGGCCCACCAUUCAUUCCAGUCAAGUGCAUCCCUGUUGAUCUCUUUCCACACACAUCCCACGUGGAGCUGGUGAUCUUGUUUGAGCGCUUCGACCCAGCCCUCUUUCCUCGAGAGCCUUUGCCUAAACCUGGCUCUGGGUAUGUGGACUCAGACGAUGAAGAGGACCACUCCCAGCAAAGCCGUGGUGGAAGGCGGGGUCGGCGAGGAAUGGGAAGUCCCUUCCCACAGGGGCGAGGUCGAGGUCAAAGUCAGAGCCCAGGUCUAGGUCGCGGUCGCGGUCGAGGUUGGGGCCCGGGAGGAGGAGGAGGUGGUCGUGGUCGGGAUCCUCAUUAUGUGGAAGUCCUCACACAAGCCCUCAUGAUGAUUGGUCAGAACAUGUCUCGGCCAGGGAGGGGGAGAGGAAUGGGAAUGGAACGGGGAAGGGGCAUGGGGUUUGGAAGAGGAAGUGGACCAGUCUUUGGAAGAGGGAGUGGACCAGGCUUUGGAAGGGGAAGUGGAACAGGAUUUGGAAGGGGGGGUAGAUCAGGGUUUGGCAGAGAAGGUGGGACAAGAUUUGGAAGAGGAAGUGGAACAGACUUGGGAAGAGGAAGGGGAAGUGGGAGAGGAUUCCAUCGCACCAGCUGGCCUCCCAUGUUUGACGAGGAACCCGAGGAUCCUUAUGAUUACGACUGGGGUCUCUAUGGGGCUGAAGCUGCUGCAUCUGAGAGAUCCAGGUAUGAGGAUUACGUGGACUUCACGACAGACGACUAUCCCAUGCCCUCAUAUGGAAUGAGGCAAGAAGAACAAUCCAGGCCUCUGCCUCUUAUGAGACCUAGAAGAGGGCUGUUAGGCUCGCGGCCACCACAGCCGCAGGAGAGGCCCAUGAGGUCACGACCCGAGAUGGAUUCCCCUUAUCCGCGUCCCAGAGCCCGCUCUUCUAUGACCUCCUUCCGAGACGACUUCGGCUAUUCACGGGAAUAUCGAUACUCUCCACCUCCAAGUGGACGUGGCGCUUUCUCAGGUAUGCGUAGUUAUUCUGGUGGGUAUCAGUCUCAUUUCUGAAGACCCCACCCCCCAAGUCACAUCGAUUGCCAUGAGAAUAUUGUAUAAAUUGGGUUGGAAUACAAAUGGGAAUAUGCACUUUUGAAUAUCUGUACUUGAAUGGAAUACAAAUUUUCGGG